UCACUGCAAAUUCGAUUGUCAGUCCUUGGUCACAAUCAUCCCGAUGUUGCGCAGUCAUAUCACAACAUAGGAGUUGUCUAUCAUGACCAAGGCAAGUACGAUCAGGCUGUGGAGAUGUAUAACAAGUCACUGCAAAUUCGAUUGUCAGUCCUUGGUCACAAUCAUCCUGAUGUUGCGUGGUCAUAUCACAGCAUAGGAUGUGUCUAUCUUGACCAAGCCAAGAUCGAUCAGGCUAUGGAUAUGCAUGACAAGUCACUGCAAAUUCGAUUGUCAGUCCUUGGUCACAAUCACCCUGAUGUUGCCAACUCAUAUAACAACAUAGGAGUUGUCUAUAGUCACCAAGGCAAGAUCGAUCAGGCUCUGGAUAACUUUAAGAAGUCACUGUAUAUC